AUGUCUAUUGAGCAAUUUCAGGAUCUUGACGCAAUCUUAGUGGAAGAGGUUCAUGGAACUCUCAUGAUUCAUGAAGACAAACUUCAAGAUCGCUUAGUCAAGAGGGAAGAGAAAGUCUCAUUGGCUCAUGCUCUUGGCAAAAAUAAGAAGAAAGAUUCUUCCGAUAGUUCUCAGGCAAGAGGCAGAGGAAGAGGCUGUGGCAAAGGAAGAGCAAGAGGAAUGAUGAAGAUAGAAGACUUUGAUGACGAUAAAAGACCGAGAGAUAAGUCAUUUGUCACUUCUUACAAUUGCCAAAAGAAGGGCCACUAUGCAAAUGAAUGUCGAUUUCCAAAGAAGGAAAGACCGAAGGUAGAUAAACAGAAGGCAAUUGUAGCUGAAGAAAAUUCAAGUGAUAAUUCAUUGCUUAUGGCAUUUGAAGAUUCAGAUGUGCUUCUUCAAGGUAUCUCUCAAUCCGAGCUGAUGAAUGACAUGUGGUAUUUAGACAUGGAGGCAACAUCUCACAUGUCUAGUGAGAAGACUCUUUUCUUUGAGUUAGAUGAGUCAUCUAAAGGAGGUGUCCAUUUUGGUGAUGACUCACACAUCCCCAUUGAAGGUCGAGGUAAGAUACUCUUAAACACUAAAAGUGGGAGCAAAAUUACCUUGAUCAAUGUCCUCUAUACUCCUCGUUUGAGAGCCAAUAUUCUGAGACUCGGGAGUCUUGAUGAACAAGGGUGCAAAAUGAAUUUGUAA